AUGAUUCAAGGCAAGAGAGCCAGACGGCUUGCAUUGCUGCUAGCUUUAUUGUUGGCUGUAGACGAUAAAGCCCAGUGUCCAGACUACGUGGAGUACUCCAAGCUGGCCCACCCUCCAUUCUCGGACGGUUUGUUAAACUACCCGUUUAUGAGACCAGAUAGACUGUGCAGAACGUUUACCUCGAGGGCCGUGGAACACUUGAUCCAGGACUUGAAAAAAAGGGUUCUCGACGUCGACCUUGCCAGACUCAUCGAGAACUGCUUGCCCAAUACCUUGGAUACCACCAUUUUGUGGCACGACGACGGCGAUAUUCCACAAACGUUCGUUGUCACAGGUGACAUUCAUGCUGAGUGGUUGCGUGAUGCAGCCAGGCAAUUGUCGGUCUACCAGCCGUUGAUCAAAUACGACGAGAAGUUGAAAAAGCUUAUUCGUGGAGCCAUUGAGACACAGGCCUACUAUAUCACCACUGCUGCAUACUGCAAUGCAUUCCACCCUCCUCCAGGAUCUGGUGUCAGAAAGGCUAAAUCGGCAGUCGACGAUGUGUUUCCAAGACCCAACUGGAAACGUGUUUUUGAGUGUAAGUAUGAGUUGGAUUCGUUGGCUUCUUUUUUAACCAUCUCUAAUGAAUAUUUCGAGAAUUCAGAUGGGGACCUUUCUUUUGUUACCCCAACUUGGUUGGCAGCGUACGAAAAGGUCUUGAUAGUGAUGAAAAGAGAAUCCAAAACUACUUUUGAUGACGAGACUGGCCAAGCUAUGCCUUACUAUUAUAGAUUCAAGAGACAAACCAAUAUUGGUACAGAGACCUUGCCACUAGACGGGGUGGGUAACCCAGUUAAUUCCAACACAGGGCUCAUUAGAAGUGCUUUCAGACCAAGUGAUGAUGCCACCAUUCUCCAGUUUUUCAUUCCAGCAAACAUUCAUGCAUUGACUGAAUUACGAAAAGUGAAGGAAAAUAUCAUGACCCAAAAAUCGAUAGAAGACUUUGAAUUAAAAUUGUUGACUGAGGUUACUGACGAGCUCAUUCAAGAUAUUUCUUAUGGGCUUGAAAACUAUGGUAUAGUGGAACAUCCAAAAUUCGGAAAGGUCUACGCAUACGAAGUUGAUGGAUACGGUGGUAACAUUUUCAUGGAUGACGCAAACAUUCCAUCGUUAUUAUCCAUUCCUGACAUGGGCUACGUUUCUAGAGACGACCCAGUAUAUCAAAAUACCAGAAAUAUGGUACUUAACAAAACAGGAAACCCAUACUUUUUACAAGGGUUCCACUUCGAAGGGGUAGGUGGCCCACACAUUGGAAUUCAAAACGCAUGGCCGAUGUCUUUAUUAGUCAGAAUGAGAACUACAGAUGAUGAUGACGAAAUCCAAACAUCAUUGAAAUUUAUUAUGGAAAAUACUGCUGGAUUGGGAUUGAUGCACGAGAGUAUACAAGUAAACUCCAGGGGUGGGUACGACUAUACUAGAUCAUGGUUUGCUUGGUGCAAUUCUGAAUUCGGCAAGACGAUUUUGUAUUUGGCCAAGCACAAGCCUCACAUUAUUUUCAAGGCUGAGUGGGCGAGACCUUACAACCUUGACGAGGUUUUUUCAGGGUUUUCAAAUGAUUAA